CUUACUAGCAAGUGCACACAAACUAAUUAUAUCUGUCUCCACAAAAACACUUAGAUUUUGUAGGUGUUUUUGUGACUUUACUCUUACCAAAAUGGCCAUAACUAACUCUACUAUUUCCAUUUUUUUCAGCCUUUCCUUGAUUUUGGGAGUGGCUAUUUCUCAAACUGAGGCUCGGGCAUUUUUUGUGUUUGGAGACUCACUUGUUGACAGUGGCAAUAAUAAUUAUUUGGCCACUACUGCAAGGGCAGAUUCACCUCCUUAUGGCAUUGAUUUUCCAACUCGCAGGGCAACUGGUCGUUUCUCCAAUGGCCUCAACAUUCCUGACAUUAUCAGUCAGCAAAUUGGUUCUUCAGAAUCACCACUGCCUUACUUGAGUCCACAGCUUAAUGGACAAAGGCUUCUUGUUGGUGCCAACUUUGCAUCUGCUGGAAUUGGAAUUUUAAAUGACACUGGCAUCCAAUUUGUCAAUAUAAUUCGAAUGCCGCAGCAGUUGGAUUACUUUAGGCAAUACCAGAGCAGAGUGCGUGCCCAAAUUGGAGAAGCAAGUACCCAAAGACUUAUAAAUCAAGCUCUUGUUCUUAUUACUCUUGGAGGCAAUGACUUUGUGAACAACUACUAUCUCGUGCCCAACUCUGCACGGUCGCGCCAAUAUGCUCUCCAAGAUUAUGUCCCUUUUAUUAUAUCAGAAUACCGUAAAAUCUUGAUGAGGCUUUACGAUAUGGGAGCUCGUAGAGUCCUUGUGACCGGUACUGGACCAUUGGGUUGUGUCCCAGCAGAACUUGCCCAACGUAGCAGGAACGGGGAAUGUGCAGUCGAGUUGCAACGAGCUGCAGCCCUAUUCAACCCGCAACUUACUCAAAUGUUGCAGGGCCUUAACAGUCAAGUGGGCAGCAAUGUUUUCAUUGCUGCAAACACACAAGCAAUGCACCUUGAUUUCAUCACUAAUCCACAAGCAUUUGGAUUCAUAACAUCAAAGGUAGCAUGUUGUGGGCAAGGGCCAUACAAUGGUCUUGGCCUCUGUACACCACUGUCUAACUUGUGCCCGAAUAGAGAUGUGUACGCAUUUUGGGAUCCGUUCCACCCAUCCGAAAGGGCAAAUAAAAUAAUUGCGCAACAAAUCAUGACUGGUUCGUCACAAUACAUGACACCAAUGAAUCUCAGUACUAUUCUGGCCAUGGAUUCCGAGGCAUGAUAUAUUUCCGGAAUCUGUUCAUUACCUUUUCCGUUUAUUGCAGAUUUUUGCAUAUAAUAAGUUGUCUCCAGCACAUUACCAUGUGCUCUUUUAAAAUUUCCAAAGUUUAGCAGUGUGCUAUGUUCAUUCACAAAAUACAGUAAUGUAAUUUGUAGGUGGAGUGUAAUGUCGUUGAAAUGUAAUUCUGGCACUUUCAUCUA